GUGCGGUACCCGGACCGGAUCACGCUGAUCCGGGGCAACCACGAGAGCCGCCAGAUCACGCAGGUCUACGGCUUCUACGACGAGUGCCUGCGCAAGUACGGCUCCGUCACCGUGUGGCGCUACUGCACCGAGAAAAACUACCUCAGCCUCUCCGCCAUCAUCGACGGCAAGAUCUUCUGCGUGCACGGGGGCCUGUCGCCCUCCAUCCAGACCCUGGACCAGAUCCGCACCAUCGACCGCAAGCAGGAGGUGCCCCACGACGGCCCCAUGUGCGACCUCCUCUGGUCCGACCCCGAGG